AUGGAUCAGAUUUUGGGCAAGGUUGGCUCUUACUGGUUCAGUCGGAAAGCCAACAAGGAACUCAACUCCGUCGGUAAUGAUUUCAGUUCACUGUCAAGCAGCAUUGAAGGAGGAACCAAAUGGUUUGUCAACAAAUUAAAAGGAAAGAUGCAAAAGCCGUUAACGGAGCUGCUAAAGGAGUAUGAUCUACCAAUAGGAAUCUUCCCGCGCGAUGCAACAAACUAUGAAUUCAACGAAGAAACAAGAAAGCUUAUUGUUUACAUUCCUCAAGUGUGUGAAGUAGGCUACAGAGAUUCAUCGGUCUUGCGUUUCACUACCAGCGUGUCUGGUUACCUGGAGAAAGGUAAGCUAACAGAGAUAGAGGGCAUGAAGACCAAAGUGUUGGUGUGGGUGAAAGUUACCGCCAUUUCAUCUGAGGGACCAAAGCUUUAUUUCACUGCUGGCAUGAAGAAAACAAGGAAAAGGGAAGCAUAUGAGGUUUCUAGAGAUGGUGUAAUCAUAGAUAAAUUCUGA